CAGAAAUUGGUAUAGUAUGGAAGAAGCCGUGUGAAAUCUUCUAUUGAAAAGCACUGUUACUAUUAUACUUAUUCCCUCGAUUGUAUAUAAUAACUAUAACGAGAACAUCUUGUAAGUGGAAGCAGAUCAUAAAGGUAAACGACUGCCUUGGGAAAAUAGGGGAAGCAGAGUUUGCAUAUGCGUAGCAAAACAAUUGCCUUGUAGAAAUUAUUUGUUUGAUUAAUUUUUAUGUGUUUCACGUUAAGUCGAAGUCUAAGUCUGUGGUUGGUAGUGAAGUAAACGUUUGGAAAAAGUUGUUAUCAUCAUGUCCUCAAAUCAGUAUGUGGUCGGAAGCAAGCCUGUGGAAAAAAGACCUAGGAAUAUAAAAAACAUAAAUUCAGUAGCUACCUGUGAAAAACACCGACAAAGUGUCAUUAAAGACCUUUCAAAAAAAAUUAAUAAGAUUCAGAGUGCUCAAUUGCCGGACUAUCAAGUUCGAGAUUUGAAUGAUGCUAUUAAUCAAUUGAUGCGUGAGAAGCAUGCUUGGGAAAUUCAAAUUCGCGAUCUUGGAGGAAUAAAUUAUAUAUACAGCAAAGCGAAACUCUUUGCGGAUGAUGGUGAGAAGAUCGGUGAGAUCGAUGAUUAUCGCUAUUAUGGGCGUGCUAGAGAAUUACCUGGCGUAAAAGAGUUAUUUGAAGCUGAUAUGACUUUUGUACCUGAACGCUUGCGAAAACAAGAGAUGCAACAGCGACAGCUCGAUGCUUGGUAUUAUGGUUAUACGCCUUUGGAAGAAGAAGCCUCGUUACAGGACUACGAAAAAACAAUAUCUGAUCAAAGAAUGGAACGAUUAUCUCAAGAAAGAACCCAUUCGUUGGAGAAUUGGAAGCCCAUCGUAAUCGAGCACAUUCCUGCACGUGAAGAGGUAGAAAGGAUUUUGCUGGAGAGACGUAAAAAUGCUUUACUUCAUAGGUUGGUGUAAUCAAUGUCUGUCUAUAUAAAUAGGAAAUGUUUGGUCUUAUAUAUUCAUCGAGUUCAUUCGCUAAAUACUGUUUGCCUUGGGUAUGUAUUUUUUUUUGGUAAAAAUAAAGUCUAGAUCCUAAAAUAUCAUUACAUGGAUAGAUAGUUGGGGCUUUCACAAGCCUCGUACUCUUGAAUCAAGUUGGAGACAACCUCUCUGUUUGCAAAUGCUGUAAGCUUCUUGAACAAUGAACAAUAAAAGGAUAAAUGACAUACCUUGAAGAAUCAAAUUCGUCUAAAUUAUCUUCAAAAAUUGACUCCUUUU